AUGGACGACUUACCCUCCUGCGCAUCGGAGCUACGUAAACAAAAGCUAUUUAAAAAGCAAAAACAGGACCCAUCGCUGGCCAUGGAUACUCCUUCUGGACUUCCAUCGACAACCGCAAAGCCCAAAAGCUAUGCUGCCGCACUCAGGGCACCACGACCGCCACCUGGACCGACACCGCUCACAAUGGGAGCUUUAGCCCGCCUCGAGGUCAAACAGAUCGAAGAAGAGGUGCGAGCGGCAAACUCUUGGGCCGGUGAAGACCCCGCCGUUCGAAUCAAGGAAUGGGUUUUCCGGAUUAGAGCUAGUCAGAAUGGAAAGGAAUUGAUUCAUCCAGAGAACCAAUCUCGGUCAAAAUAA